AUGUUUUUUACGCCUUUUUUAAUUUUGAGCUUAUUUAGUUUAAUAAACAGUUAUAGUAUAAAUAAAUUUAGUAAAAGGUUAUUCCCUUAUGUAAAAGUAUUACAUAAAAAUGUGAGAAAUGUAAAAGAAGAAAAAAAUAAUAUUUAUAUUCCUAAAGACAAACAAAAAGGCCAUAUAAAUUUUAACAUUGAAAAUUUCCCUAUUAAAAAUGAUGCCAUAAAUAAUCAAAAUUUAUAUUUUUUUAAAAAUAAUGAAACCUUUUCUACCUUGCAUGUUCAGAAAUUAUUGGUAGAAGAAUUAAAUAAAAAUAAUAUUCAAGUACCUUCAAUUAUACAGUCAGAUUUAUUAAAAUAUUAUAAUCAAAAUUCUGAAAAUUUAAAAAAUAUUAUUAUAGCUGCAGAAAAUGGUAUAGGAAAAACUUUAUCAUAUAUAAUUUUUAUAUUAAAUCAUAUUUUAAAAAAAAAAAAAAAUAUAUUUGUUCUGAUAUUUCAGUAUAAUAGUUUAUUGUCAAAUCAGUGCUAUGACAUUCUUAAGCGUCUUUCCAGAGAUAUUAAUGUAAAAAUAACCUGUUUGAAAAAUAAUGAAAUAAUCAAAUUAAAUACCAGUUCAAUAGUAAUUUCAUCCCCAAUCAAAUUUGUUGCAUAUAUGAAAGAGAACAAAGAUGUAGUGACACAUUUUUUAGAAAAUUUAAAUUUUUUUAUUAUUGAUGAAGUAGAUAUUAUGUUUGACAAACCAUAUAUUAAAUAUAUUAACCAAGUAUAUGAAGAAAUUAGCAAACUAAAUAAUGAUAAUAAAGGAAAAACAAAAUUCAAAUCAAUUAUAACAUCAUCUACAUUAUCUAAUAAAGGAGAAAAAUCUAUAUACAAAAAUAUUAUUAAUUAUGUAAAAGAUUAUAUUAUAAUUAAAACAAACAAUUUUCAUAAUAUUCAUCCUUUUAUUAAUUAUAAUUUUAUAAAUUUAUCAAAUUAUAAUAUUAAUCAAAAAAUUGAUACAAUAAAAAAUAUACUUUUAAAAACAAAUCACAAAAAAGUUAUUAUUUUUUGUAAUACUGUUAAAAGUUGUAACACUGCAUUCAGUAUGUUGAAAUCACAUUUUGAUAAUAUUUUUUCUUUUAAUUCUUCUUUAAAAAAAGAAGACCAAAUGCUCAUUUUAGAUCAUUUUAAAAAUUCAGAAGAUAACGUUAUACUUGUUUCUACCGAUAUUAUACAUAGGGGAAUUGAUAUUAAAAACAUUACUCAUCUUUUCCAUUUUGAUACACCUACGAAUAUUAUAGUAUACACUCACAGAAAUGGAAGAAUAUCGAGGGGCGCCAAUACGGGGGAUAUAUACAUUUUCAAUGACGCCGAAAAUUUAAUAACAAAAAAAAUAUAUCAAUUCCAUAAAAAUAACAUAAAAUUUGAGGAUAUUUUUAGCAGAAAAAGAUCGUUACGAAAAAAUUAUAAAAGACAGCUGAAAAAAAUCUAA